AUGCCCUCGGGCUCGUUCUCCACAAAGGACUACGCGCCCCUCGCGGACGAGGUCAACCCGCGUUUUGGUGGCGUCGCACACGCUCCAAUCUCGCGCAAUGGAACGGUCGUCUACUCGAAGCGAACCAGCGCCUCGGGUUCGGAAGAAGGAUACAUGUACAGGAGUGAUCGGAAGGGCAAGGGGCGCGCGAUCGACGAGGACGGCGACAUUGGCAAUCGGAGCGCGAAUCGUAACUCGACCUCUAGUCCAACAUGGGAGAGCGGGGGAGGAUACGCAGCCGGCGGGUUGAGCAGUGACGCAUCGUAUCCACCCCUCAACGAGACGGAAGAAGAGGAGAAACGGAUCCAGGCUAACUUGGCCAAGUUUGCCGCGAGGGACAGCGCACGCCGCAAGGCCGCACGCCUGAGCAAGGUUGGGAGCUCGCCGUCCAACUCGCGCCCAAAUUCGAUUAUCAGCAAUAACUCGUCCCACACGAGUCAGCCAGUGACGCCCAUGAGCCCUCUGUCUGCAAUCUCGGAACAUAAGCGCAGUAGCGUUCUCGGACCAAGCAGCCAGAGGAGCCAUCCACUCGACCGCGAGGCCGAGGAGCGUCUCGCACAGACGCAGUGCGCGAACCCAUAUGACUCCCCCACGCCCUCUAUGAGCGGCUCGAGCCCCUUCGCCGACCCAACUCCUCUGCCUCCAGCCACGCCAGAUGGGUACGUUGGGCCUGGAUGGCGUGGCGGCGCGGCGGCGGCCGAUCCCGCGCCUCGCAAAGAGCGGUGGUGGCAUAGCCUGUGCGCUUGGGGUGCUGACCUCGAUGGCGGGGAUAGCAACCAGGCAGGCCGGACGAACCCGAUGGAGUAG